AAGAUAUUUAAAAACAAGAGCCGAAAAUUACCGAGGACUUUCUCCGCUUAAUAACCCGGGGCAGAAGACGUGAGGCACUGGAGUGUUUCUCCUCUUGGUCUGUGAAUGGGUGGGGGGGUCUUUCGUGGAGAAGAAUCAAGGAUUAAAGUCAACACAGAACGCUCCAGUUUAAUGGCUGGCAGGUAGAGAGACGCCAAAGAGGGACAAUCAACAUGAACUCGAUUCCGUCGAUGGACAGACACAUACAGCAGACCAAUGACCGUCUGCUGUGUAUCAAACAGCACUUACAAAAUCCAGCAAAUUUCCAAACAGCAGCAACAGAGCUGUUGGACUGGUGUGGCGACCCACGAGCCUUCCAGCGCCCCUUCGAACAAAGCCUGAUGGGAUGCCUAACGGUGGUCAGCCGCGUAGCAGCACAGCAGGGCUACGACUUGGACCUGGGCUACCGGCUCCUGGCUGUGUGCGCUGCCAACAGGGACAAGUUCACUCCAAAAUCAGCAGCUCUCCUAUCCUCGUGGUGUGAGGAGCUUGGACGCCUCCUCCUACUCCGUCACCAGAAGAACAGGCAGAACGAGCCUCCGGGAAAAGUGCCCAUGCAGCCCCCCAUGAGCUCCAUGAAGCCCAGCCUCUCACACGGAGAUGGGUCUUUUCCAUACGACUCAGUUCCCUGGCAACAGAACACCAAUCAGCCUCCAGGUUCGUUGUCUGUGGUGACCACCGUCUGGGGCGUGACCAACACCUCGCAGAGCCAGGUGUUGGGGAAUCCUAUGGUCAACAACAACAAUCCUAUGAAUCCUGGGGGCAACCCCAUGGGCUCGGGGAUGUCUGGUAACAACCCAGGAAUGAACUCCCCUCAGUUCCCAGGUCCUCAGCAGCAGUUCCCUAACAAAGGCAACUCCAACCAAGCCUACAUGCAACAGGGCAUGUACGGAAGACCCAAUUACCCCGGGGGAGGAGGCUUUGGUGGCAACUACCCUGGGGGGCCUAAUGCAGGACCUGGUGGAAUGGGAAUGCCUCCACACUCCCGUCCUCCAUCAGACUUCACACAGCCUGCAGCUGCUGCGGCAGCCGCUGCAGUCGCUGCUGCUGCCGCCACUGCAACCGCUACUGCCACAGCAACUGUAGCUGCCCUGCAGGAAACUCAGAACAAGGACAUGAACCAAUACGGACCGAUGAGUUCCUCUUUCCAGAUGGGACCAAACCAGGCAUACAACAGCCAGUUCAUGAACCAGCCAGGACCCCGCGGCCCUCCAUCCCUCCCUGGGAACAUGGGCACAGGCAUGAAUGCAUCCAACAUGAGCGGGCCCCCCAUGGGGAUGAACCAGCCUAGAGGCCAAGGCAUGGGGCCUUUUGCAACCCACGGCCAAAGGAUGCCACAGCAAGGCUACGCAGGGCCCCGGCCUCAGGGCAUGGGAAUGCAGGGCAUGAAAAGACCGUACCCAGGAGAGCCAAACUAUGGUGGGCAGCAGUAUGGACCAAACAGCCAGUUCCCUAACCAGCAGGGGCAGUACCCCACACCCAACGCCUCCAGGCCGCUGCCAUCCCCCAACUACCCUGGUCAGAGGAUGCCAGGACAGCAGCUCCAAGGCCAAUACCCACCACCCAGCGGCCCCAUGGGCCAGUACUAUAAGCAAGAGCCACCUUUUAAUGGCCAAACAAAUAAUUUCUCUGGGAGUGGAUAUCAGUACAACCAGGGUAAUAUGAAUGGGCCACCCAGACCGGUGGGUAACUACCCUCACUCUCCAGUGCCAGGCAACCCCACCCCUCCAAUGACCCCAGGAAGUAAUAUCCCUCCAUACCUGUCGCCAAACCAGGAUGUGAAGCCACCUUUCCCUCCUGACAUCAAACCAAAUAUCACUGCUCUCCCUCCACCUCCAGCCAACCACAAUGAAGAGCUGCGCCUGACGUUCCCAGUGCGAGAUGGGGUAGUCUUAGAGCCCUUCAGGCUAGAGCAUAACCUUGCUGUCAGCAACCACGUCUUCCACUUACGGCCCUCUGUACACCAGACACUCAUGUGGAGGUCGGACCUGGAGCUACAGUUUAAGUGUUACCACCAUGAAGACCGUCAAAUGAACACCAACUGGCCAGCAUCAGUCCAAGUCAGCGUCAAUGCCACACCGCUCACCAUCGAACGUGGCGACAAUAAGACCUCCCACAAACCCCUGCACUUGAAACACGUAUGCCAGCCAGGAAGGAAUACCAUCCAGAUCACAGUCACUGCCUGCUGCUGUUCGCACUUGUUUGUGCUCCAGCUGGUCCACAGGCCAUCGGUUCGCUCUGUCCUCCAGGGCUUACUAAAGAAGAGGCUCCUGCCUGCAGAGCACUGCAUCACCAAAGUUAAGAGGAACUUCAGCAGCGUAGCAGCAUCAUCGGGCAACGCCACACUCAAUGGAGAGGAUGGUGUGGAGCAGACAGCCAUUAAGGUCUCCCUCAAAUGUCCAAUCACCUUCCGGCGAAUACAGCUUCCAGCGAGAGGCCAUGACUGCAAACACGUUCAGUGUUUCGAUUUGGAAUCAUAUUUACAACUGAACUGUGAGCGGGGGACAUGGCGGUGUCCUGUAUGCAAUAAAACAGCAUUGUUAGAAGGACUGGAAGUGGACCAGUACAUGUGGGGAAUCUUGAACGCUAUCCAAAACUCUGAGUUUGAGGAGGUGACCAUUGACCCCACAUGUAGCUGGCGGCCGGUGGCCAUCAAAUCUGAUAUACACAUCAAAGAGGAUCCAGAUGGUCCACUAGCCAAGAGAUUUAAGACGAUGAGUCCCAGCCAGAUGAUCAUGCCUAAUGUGAUGGAGAUGAUUGCUCAGCUCGGUCCCGGACCGUCACCGUACCCAUCACUACCUUCUCACCAAGGGGGUAACAACAAUGAAUAUGGCAGUCAAGGUAACAGUUACCAGGGGCACGGGAACUUUGACUUCCCUCACAGCACCCCUGGUGGUACGUCGAUGAAUGACUUCAUGCACGGUCCCCAACUGUCUCAUCCACCUGACAUGCCCAGCAGCCUGAUGGCCCAAGACAAGCCACUCUCCCACAACAUGCCUGACUCUAUACCUCACUCUACCGGCAAUGACCAGUCGCACGGCCAAUUGCAACAGAGCUUACACGCGUCUCCACACCCUGGGAGCCAAUCGGGGCAGCAGCUACAUCACAGCGGGCCCCCUCCACCCUCUCGACAAGUCCCGCCUCCUCAGCAGCAGCAGCAGCAACAGCAGCAGCAGCCUGGCCCCAACAGCCAUCCCCAUGGCGACCUGGCCUUCAACCCCUCCAGCAGUUUGGACAGCCAAGCAGGGUCGGACAUGCCUGAGCCAUCUUUAGACCUUCUUCCAGAGCUGGCUAACCCAGAUGAGCUGUUGUCGUACCUAGAUCCACCAGACCUUCCCAGCAAUAGCAACGACGACCUUCUAUCGCUCUUCGAAAACAACUGAGGCAAUUCAGACACAGAUAAACUUUUCUGACUGCCUGCAGUGUCCCUGAGAACCCAGGGCGGUCGCUCAGUACUUGAUAAACACAAAGAUGCACUCCCUUUCUCUUCUUCCUCUUGUACAGUUUUCAUUCGCCAGCGCAGAUUGACUGAAAGAGGUUAAAACUCAAAGACACGGCAGGAUGUGGGGGGGUCGCCCCACCCUCUCACACCUAUGGCUAUACCUUUGAACUGUGCAGCUAUACUCAGUUGAUUUUUUUACGCCACACACAGGUGUAUGUGUGCACAUUAGGAACGUGUUGUAGCAUUUUUUAUUCAUGUUUUGUUUCCUUUUUGAAAAAAAAGGAAUCCACUGUAUAAAACAGAAAAAUAAGUGAAAAAAGCAGCGCUAUCUGGCCAGUGUGCAUUAUGUCCAUAUUGUUAUUCCAAUCUGAGAGGCCACAGCUUCCUGGUGUCACAGCUCCAUUCCCUGACUGGUCUGGUUAGUCGCACUGUUUUGUCCACCACACAUCAUUUAAAAGCACAAGAGAUUUUGGCAAUGCAAAAAAAUAAAAUCUGUCUAUCUGUCUUUACAAAAAGGAAAAAAAGAUCAAUUAGAUCAGCGUGUGUUUGUCCUUGACAAAAUGUUGUUUUUUUUUUAAACAAGGUUUAUUUUAUUUUCGACAAAAUGUUUUUUUUAAAGAUUUUUGGGAAUGAUCGGCUUGCACUUUGUCUACAAUUGUGAUACAUACAUAUUUUUGUCAAAAAGAAAAAGAUAUUCAGUCCUUUGAGGGUUGACAGCUGGAACGGGAAAAAGAUUUGGCCCUACUAAAAGAAAAACAAAGUUUAUAUUGUGUACCAACAAUAGCAUACCUGUACUUCUACAUAUUGUAUAGUUAUCAUCCUCCUGUACAGAGGAGUGAUUGUAACGGAAUAGAAAGGUACAGUAUGAGAGAUAUGGCGUUCCUGUGACGAUCCUGCUGCAUCUAUUGCUUCCUGCUACAACUCCUUCCAUGCCGUCUGCUCUGCAUGAGCCCGGUGUCACUCGUGUCAGCAUUUUUGCAAAGCUGCAUCUCUCUCCCUGUUAAAUGAUGUGCUGUUAAACUAGUCUGCAAAGUGCAUGUGUGCCAAGCCCUUGUCUAGUGCUGUUCCAAGUGGUAAAAAAGAAAAGAUAGUGUGUUUUUUUUUAUCGGUUGCUGUUUCCACAGCCCUUUUGUUUGUACGUUUGUUUUUGAUUUCUGUCAGAUUUAGUAUGAUUUAUUUAACACUAACAUUGAAGGGAUAAUGCUAUCGGCAAUACAUUUUGUCAUGUACUUGCUGGAUAUACUGUUUUAUGUUUGUUGUUUUUUUUUCUUGUUUUUGUUGCUGCAUAAUUAAACUAUCCAUAAAUUCGUUUUGGGAAACUGCUCAACAUCACCAAAAUUGGAGGGAUGAGAAUGGAGAUGUUUGUGUUUGCUUGGUCCUGUAAGACUGUGAGUGUGUGCAUGUGUGUGUGAGAGUGUGACUCUGUGUGUGUGUGUUUCUAUCGGUGUGAUGGGAGAUUUCAAAGAUAUAGGGGAGGACAAAUACAGUUUAUCCAUCACUACUGUUCAAGAAGUGUUUUUUAAAGCAGUAUUGGUGCAAACUUUUGCCACAUUUGUUUUCAAUUUCACUUUUUGAGAAGAGUGUUGUUCAGUAUGCAAAUGUAUUAUUUUUUAAGAAAUGCUAUUGUACUGUAAAUAUCAUUGUGAAUAUUUUUGUAUCAUCUUGAUAAUGUUUGUCCUUUGAUCAUUAGUUGUCCAACUUUAACCAUAUAUGCCCCCAAACUCCCAUCUGACCACUGACUUUGUUUGUAACCAGCAUAAGACAGCUGUCUCGUCUCCCCGCCGCUGGGGAAGCCAGUCCAAACGUCUCAUAAGCUAUUUCCUGCAGGUCAUUGUGCUUUCCACUCACUCUCCUCCCAGUGCACUCUGUCUCACACCUGUUUCGCUAGACAGGUGAGCCAUUUAUUUCUGCGAUCCCCUCCCCCGGCAUCAGCUCAAAGUGAUUGUGAAGCAUAAUUUCGAUUUACACAUGUCAAGCUCAGUUUGAAGCAAUAUUUACUUUCAUGUUCUGAUGUAUUUGAUUGAAAAUGAUCAAUGUUGUCUAUUCAUGAAUUUAUGUUAACAUUUUAUCAGUGAUACUGAACAGUAAUGGUUUUUAAAAAGUGUGGUAUCAGCCAGCUUUCAGUGUAAUUAGUGAGCUAUGUGAAUAUCAUAAUUGUUGCUAAUUGUCAAUACACAGUGGUAUUUUAAAGAUAUAUCACAACCAUAUUUUAAAGAAAUUCAUGAUAUUGUUUAUAUUUUUGUUAUAGAAAAUCUGGCUUUUUAAAAAAAAGCACGAGACCAUAUACAUUUUUAUCCCCUUUGUUUUUGGUAAAUUAUUUUGUACUGGUUUUCGUAUAAAUCUGUAAGGCUAGAAAUCCAAUUUCUUUCAACUGUAGCAUUAUGCUGAUUUAACCACCCUGGUUUUAUGUAAACAUUAUUUUUUAUGUAAUUUAAGAAAUAUGAUUUGUUCCAGUUCAGCACACUGACAUGUUUCAUACGUCACUCACAUGUGUUUCAUAUUUAAGUCACCAAAACAUCAGCUUUGUACCAGUGAAAUCUUGUAACGAUACACUGCCACAUUAUUUUUUUUUUUUUUACAAUCUGAAUUGAAACUUUUGAUCAAUCCCACGGAAGUCGUUAUCAUUUCAUGUUUUAUUCUUACAUACAAGUGAGCCAAUUUGGUGUAUUAGGCAGUACCCUGAAUCUGUAGUUGCACAAUCACAAUAAAGGGCCAUUUCUCUGGGGGAAGUUGUUUUUAAAAAAGUUUCAAAAAUAAAAAAAUACAGUGAGGAAGGGCACGUUCAUCAUUCUGGCCUGGAAAGGAUGUUGAGGGUAAGGCUAGGUCAAAACGUCCCGAGGAUGCCUGUAUAUAUGUAAAUGAAUAUAGAGACAUGUGAACAGAAAUGUAUUCAUUUUCCCUGGGAAUGUGCAUUGUUUCUUCAGAAUAAUAAAACGCUUGCAACCCCUCUACUGGAAGUGGCUGAAUAUGGAAAAUGAAACUUGUUAGUUAGUGUUUGUGGGUAUCUUUCAGCAUUUUGUUCCCCCCUCUGUAAUAUACUUUCACCUCUUUGGUUAGGGGAACUGGGACAGCUAUGUUUUACAUGUAAUAUUUAGCUUAAGUGUUCUAGUCUGUCGCCUGCAUACUCUGAGGUGCUAAAGCUAAAAAAAAAAAAGGAAAAAAAAAACAAGGUUACAAAGAAAAUCCCUUCAAUGGGUGGCAGAAAGGCAGUGGGAGGGACGGGUCCAGAAGAUUGUAACCAAAUCCAUAGUUUGUACAAUUUUUGAUAUCAUGAACAGUUGGAAAAAUGAUACAAUCUAAGGUGAUUCAUGCAAUGUGGCCAUUGUCUCUAUGUUUGUACAUUGUAUGUACAAUCAUUUCAUAUUCUAAACUGGUCAGAAAAUAAAGGAACUAAUUGUGAUUUUUAGUCUUGCAGAACUGUAUGUAGUUAGAUGAUGUGACAACCUAAUAUUUAUCUAAUAAAUAUGUAUUCAGAUGAUACCUGUA